AUGGCCCAGAGCCCCUUGUUGACUCAAUCCGGGGCUGUGGAAUCAAAUCUUGUGUUGAUGUUUGAUGACUCCUUGUCGAUGGUUGCCCAGUUCAUUUACCAGUACGGCGGCCAGGACAAUGGCUACGGCCGCACCGGCCCAGGCACUGUCGCUGCUGCCGGAGCAUGCCCCGUGACAAGCCCGGCCAGCACAGGUGUAAGUUGCGCAGGUACUUCCGGCAACAACUACCCCUCCAGCCCCAGCAUCACCGUCACCGGAACCUACAACGCGCCACCCUCAUUCUGGUACUGGGAACUGUCGCCUGAUGUGAACGGACUUUAUUACGACCCCAGGGUAACCUAUAACCCGCGCGUUGACGCCUUGGGUGCAUACAGCACACCAGGCACCACAUCGACAACAGCUUUCAAUGUUUAUUUUUACCGCAACAGCUCUGGCAACAAUGUGGCCUGGCCCGGAAGCGGCCCCAGCCCCACGACAACCGCAGCCUUUUUUGAUCCGUAUACGCCAGCCACCUCGUUACUGGCACCAGAUGCACAACCGUCGCUCAGUUAUCCAAGAGGGGUUUCCUCAACCACUGGUCCUUUUCCGAAGUUUCUGAAUCGGACGGACUGCACCGGUACAAGUGGCUCGGGCGCCAACUGUACGUUGGCUGAUGAACGGCAGAACUACGCGAACUGGAAAAAAUACCACAGCAAUCGCAUGGACUCCGCAAAAACCGGUCUAGGUUAUGCAUUCUCGGGCAUGACUCAGUCCAUACGGCUGGGCUGGUCAACGAUCAACAACCUUAAGAGCUCCAGCACCCUGGAUUCAGGCGUCGGCCUUUACACACAGACCCAGAAAAAUGCCUUCUAUAACUGGCUGUACGCUCUGGAUACCAAUUCGGGCGGGACCCCACUCCAUUUCGCCCUCGACAAUGUCGGCAAAUACUUCUCACGUUCUGACAAUCUGGGGCCCUGGGCCAACACGCCAAUUACAACGUCGAGAGGCAUCAGCACGCUCGCCGUAUCGACCACCGACACAUUAGCCAUUCGUAGAGAUCAAUACUCUUGCAGGCGGUCUUUCGCCAUGCUGACGACCGACGGUUAUUACAACGAUGGCAGUGCCGGCUCCAGCCCAUUCUCGGGUAUUGGCAAUGUGGAUAACACUUCUGCGGGCCCCAUCACAGGGACCACUGCCACGGGUGACCCUCUCUCUUACAGCUACAGCCCUGGAAGACCUUACUCAGAUAGCCAGUCGAACACUUUGGGCGACGUAGCAAUGAAGUACUGGAUCACUGACCUGAGAACAGACCUUGACAACAACGUCAAGCAGAUUCAGGCCACCGUGAUCGCUGGCGUUACCACCACGGUAGCCAACCCGUCAUUCUGGCAAAACAUGAGCUUUUACGCAGUAGGCCUGGGUGUCAACGGUACGCUGGCGCAAACCGCCACCACCCUCGCAUCCCUUACGUCCGGGGGGACUUCCUGGCCAACUGUAGGCGAUGAAGACGUGACAGCCGUAGAUGACAUGUGGCAUGCCACCAUCAAUGGCAGGGGCCGCGUGUUGAGUGCAAAAAAUGCAGGCACGUUAAGCGAUGCAGUAGAAGGCAUGCUGGCAGAUAUCAGCCGAAACACUGCAUCUCAAUCGGGCGUGGCGGCAUCAACAGCAGGUCUCAGCACCGGAACCAGAAAAUACGCUCCAAGCUACACCACUGGUUCAUGGAUCGGAAAUGUCGUUGCCACUACUCUAGACGCCACCAGCGGCAGAGAGAUUUCCGUUACGUGGCAGGUGGUGGGCACCAAUCCCGCCAAUAGCGCCACUUACAGCGGCAUACCGGCGUAUUCGUCCCGAAAUAUCUACGCCUGGAAUGGCUUGACCAUGGGCAAUUUCAAUGCAUUGAACACCUAUGCCAUGGCAAACGUGGUGGGCGCAAACACCAACCUGAUCAACUAUCUCCGGGGUGACCAGACCAAUGAAGACCCCAAUGGCACUGCGCUGUACCGCCCACGCGAAUUUUUGUUGGGGGACAUUAUCAAUUCGACUCCUGUAUUUAUCAAAGGGAUUCGACAGGUGCCGAAGUUUUUGCCUUUGUCCCCAGGGCCGUGA